AUGAGGUUUACUUUACUAGGCAUUCUAAUCCUACACCAGGCCAAAAGCCAAAGCCCCAAGUUCACUCAGAGCAGCUGGAAUCUUCUACCCAAUGGUAGGAAAUCAUAAUCUCUGAUCUGUCAUCGGUUAGAUCAGUACAGUUUGUAACAAUAAUGGCAGCCUGUACACUUGUCAGUAUGUUGCCUGUUCAUUAUUAAGACUUGUAUAUGUGUUUCCAGUCUGGUAUAGCACAGUGCCUUCAGAAAGUAUUUUUACCCCUUGACUUAUUCCACAUUUUAUUGUGUUACAGUCUGAAUUCAAAAGGGAUAAAAUGUUUUUUUUAAAUCUACACACAAUACCCCAUAAUGACGAAGUGAAAACGUGUUUUUAGAUAUUUUAGCAAAUGUAUUGCAAAUGAAAUACAGAAAUAUCUAAUUUACAUAAGUAUUCAUAAGUAGUCAAUACAUUUAGAGUCACCUUUGGCAGCGAUUACAGCUGUGAGUCUCUAAGAGAUUUGCACAUCUUGAUUGUACAAUAUUUGCACAUUAUUCUUAAAACAAUUAUUCAUGCUCUGUCAAAUUGGUUGUUGAUCAUUGCUAGACAGCCAUUUUCAAGUCUUUCCAUAGAUUUUCAAGCUGAUUCAAGUCAAAACUGUAACUAGGCAACUCAGGAAGAUUCAAUAUCUUGUUAAGCAACUCCAGUGUAUAUUUGGCCUUAUGUUUUAGGUUAUUGUCUUACUGAAAGUUGAAUUUGUCUCCCAGUGUCUGUUGGAAAGCAGACUGGACCAGGUUUUCCUGUAGUAUUCUGCCUGUGCUUAGCUCUAUUAAAUGUAUCUUUCCUCCUGAACUUAUUUGGCUUCCCAUAACACAAGGGUUGAAUACUUAUUGACUCAAGACAUUUCAGCUUUUCAAUUUUAAUUAGUGAUUGAACAUUUGCAAAAUGUUCUAAAAACAAAAUUCCACUUUGACAUUAUAGGGUAUUGUGUGUAGGCCAGUGACACAAAAUCUCAGUUUAAUCUAUUUUGAAUUCAGGCUGUAACACAACAAAAUGUUGAAAAAGUCAAGGAGUGUGAAUACUUUCUGAAGGCACUGUAUAGAGAUGAGUUAGUUAUAUGUUGGUUUUGCCAGCCCUGUGUAUAAAGUUGAGUGCAUGUUUAUGUCAGUUCAUCAUAAGGCUACAUAAAGAUGAGGCAUAUCUUUAUGUCAGUUCAACAUAAGGCUAUAUAGAGUUGAGGGUAUGUUUAUGUCAGUUCAUCACAAGCCUAUAUAAAGUUGAGGGUAUGUUUAUGUCAGUUCAUCACAAGCCUAUAUAAAGUUGAGGGUAUGUUUAUGUCAGUUCAUCAUAAGGCUAUAUAAAGUUGAGGGUAUGUUUAUGUCAGUUCAUCAUAAGGCUAUAUAAAGUUGAGGGUAUGUUUAUGUCAGUUCAUCAUAAGGCUAUAUAAAGUUCAGGGUAUGUUUAUGUCAGUUCAUCACAAGCCUAUAUAAAGUUCAGGGUAUGUUUAUGUCAGUUCAUCACAAGCCUAUAUAAAGUUGAGGGUAUGUUUAUGUCAGUUCAUCAUAAGGCUAUAUAAAGUUCAGGGUAUGUUUAUGUCAGUUCAUCACAAGCCUAUAUAAAGUUGAGGGUAUGUUUAUGUCAGUUCAUCAUAAGGCUAUAUAAAGUUGAGGGUAUGUUUAUUUCAGUUCAUCAUAAGGCUAUAUAGAGUUGAGGGUAUGUUUAUGUCAGUUCAUCAUAAGCCUAUAUAAAGUUGAGGGUAUGUUUAUGUCAGUUCAUCAUAAGGCUAUAUAAAGUUGAGGGUAUGUUUAUUUCAGUUCAUCAUAAGCCUAUAUAAAGUUGAGGGUAUGUUUAUGUCAGUUCAUCAUAAGCCUAUAUAAAGUUCAGGGUAUGUUUAUGUCAGUUCAUCACAAGCCUAUAUAAAGUUCAGGGUAUGUUUAUGUCAGUUCAUCACAAGCCUAUAUAAAGUUGAGGGUAUGUUUAUGUCAGUUCAUCACAAGCCUAUAUAAAGCUGAGGGUAUGUGUUUGUGUUGAUGAGCUACAGUCAGAUCCAAUGUUAUUGUCACACUUGAUAAAGAUGAACAAAAAAGACUGUAUAAAAUAAAUAAUACAAACACUGAGCUACUGUAUAUUGUAUGCUUAACAAAUAGAACAAUUAUAUUAUUUUAUACCAAUACAAUUAGUCAGAGAAAGAGAUCUUGUUUAACAAGUAAUGUUUUUUUCUAAAAAAGAUAGGGAUCAGAAUUAUUGGCACCCCUGUGGCGUUAUCCUCCCAAGGUGAGGUUUAGAAAGGUAUUGAAAACAGCGUUGCCAAUCAUUUGGACCAAUCUUUCUGAGCGAAAAAAAUUAUACUUGAUAAACAAAAUCUCUGACUAAUUGUAUUAGUAUAAAAUAAUUACAUUUUCUAAAGAAUUUGAGCAUACAAUAUAGUUCAGUAUUUUCAUGAUUUAUUUUAUACUGUUUUUUUUGGCUAAUCUUUAUCAAGGGUGGCAAUAAUGUUGGACCUGACUGUGUUGGUGUUGAUUGAAGUGUGUGUUGUCACCAGUUGUUGUGGUGAACGUUGACGGCUCGCUGGUUCAGCAUCCUCUGACCUGCCUGGGUUCCUUCAACCGAGAGGAGGAGGAGGGUUGGAGGAAAGGCGAUGACUGGGUGUGGCGGAGAGAUGGAGAGGAGGAUGAGGAGAUCCUAUGGAUGAUGGGUAAAGAGGAGAUUAAGAGGGGAAAUACCUUCCUUGUCAACCUGGAAGAGAGAACUGGAGGGGGGUUCUUUACAUGUCACAGCCUGGAUAGAACCCUCCUGAAGAAUACUACGGUGCUGGUCAAACACCUGGAUGAACAGAAACGCAUUCUAGAAGGAUCCACCAGAACAGGUAUACAGGAUUUCUGUCUGUCUGUCAUCUGAAAACAAGUCAAAUAUUAGUUUUCAUUCAUUAUCCAAUUCUAACAUCUUCUGUUUCUCUUUUGUUCAUUUGUUUUGUUCUAUUCUAAGGCUAUAUGAAAUGUUCUACACGGAACUACCAAGGAGACUUCCACUGCUCCUGGAAAUUUAGCACUAAACGCGUUGGGACCGUUAUGUCUGUCAGAGUGGCACGGUACUAUUACCACCAACCAUUUCAAUGUAUUCCUACUACACUCUUAGAAAAAAAGGUGCUAAGUAGAACAAUACAGGGUUCUUCAGUUUGUCCCCAUAGGGGAACCCUUUUUGGUGCUGGGUAGAACCCUUUGCAGAGGGUUCUAUCUAAAACCCUCUAUGUAGGGUUCUUCAAAGAACCCCCUGUAUAUGGUUCUACCUAAAACCCUCUAUGAAGGGUUCUGCCUAGAACCGUCUAUGAAGGGUGCUACCGAGAAAUCUUUUAUCUUUGGAGGGUUCUUCCUAGAACCCUCUAUGAACGGUUGCACCAUCCUUAUUAGCCUUUAAAAUUGUACUACUACAUUACAUGCAGUAAUCAUAAGGCAUUUCUUUGACAACCUAGUUAUAGCCUAACACAGUGGUGUUAGGAAUCUCCUGGUUUACAGGCCACAUCAGGCCUGCAAGUCACAUUAUGCUGGUUUGUAAAGUGAUGUGUAAUUCUUAUUGGAAUCCAGACAGAGUUAGGAUAUCCAACAAGUUGAAUUGUUAAUCACCCGCACCCUGCAUUUCUCCUCUGCCAAGAUAAUCCAUCCACCUGACAGGUGUGGCAUAUCAAGAAGCUGAUUAAACAGCAUGAUCAUUACACAGGUGCACCUUGUGCUGGGGACAAUAAACGACCACUCUAAAAUGUGCUGUUUUGUCACACAACACAAGGCCAAAGAUGUCUCAUGUUUUGAGGGAGUGUGCAGUUGGCAUGCUGACUUCAGGAAUGUCCACCAGAGCUGUAGCCAGAGAAUUGAAUGUUAAUUUCUCUACCAUAUAAGCCACCUCCAAAGUCAUUUGAUAGAAUUUGGCAGUACGUCCAACCAGCCUCACAACCGCAGACCAAAUGUAACCACGCCAGCUCAGGACAUCCACAUCCGGCAUCUUCACCUGAGGGAUUUGUCUCAGACCAGCCUCCCAAACAGCUGAUGAAACUGAGGAGUAUUUCUGUCUGUAAUAAAGCCCUCUUGUGGGGAAAAACUCAUUCCGAUUGGCUGGGCCUGGCUCCCCAGUGGGUGGGCCUAUGCCCUCACAGGCCCACCCAAAGCUGUGCCCCUGCCCAGUCAUGUGAAAUCCAUAGAUUAGGGCCUAAUUUAUUUAUUUCAAUUGACUGAUUUCCUUAUAUGAACUGUAACUCAGUAAAAACAUUGCAUGUUGCAUUUAUAUUUUUGUUCAGUAUAGAACCCUUCUUGCCUUCCAAAUAAUCCAUCUUGCCUUCCAAAGAAUCAUCAAAGAACCCUUUCUUCCAAAAACGGUUCUUAGGAUGUUGAAGGUUCUAGGUAGAAUCCUUUUCUUACAAAGAACAUUUGUCUUCUAAAAAAAGUUAUUCUGAUCAAAGCGGUUCUUGGUAGAACCCUAUCCCUCUGCAAAGAACCCUUUUGGAAGCCUUUUUUCUAAGAGUGUAUACAUUCUAUGGAUCUGACUGUUGUAUAGUGCUAUAGUGCUGUAUAGGCAAGAAAUGUGCAUAAUAACUUAAAGUAUUGCCUUGACUUCAAAUGAAAUAUUAGUGAAUGGACUAGGCCUGUGUUACUCUAAUUGCAGUUAUCCAUUUCUUGCCUUUUCUAUAGUGGCCUGUCUGAUGCGGAGAACGUCAACUGUUCUGUGGACGCCAGCGGACAGCAGUGGACAUGUUCCUCUUCGUCUGGCCAGAGUGACAUCAUGUGUUCUGUGCACAGUAGUGGACUGGGGGUGUCCUGUGUGGACAGACAGUAUUGUCCCUAUGCUGAGGAGACUGACCGGAUCACCCUGACCAUCUACAUGAAGACUAACUACCUGCUGGAGGAAUAUUCCCAAUCCUUCUACUUAUCAGAGAUAGGUGAGUGUUAAAUAGGGACCUUGUGGCAGUCAUAAGGGCAGACAUGUUGUAAGAGACUAGCAGGAUCAGGUGCACAAGUUGUGAUUGUAGGCUACUUAAAGGUGACAAUAAUGGUCCAGAUGUGCACUUCACUAUAUUUACAAACUAAUGCAAAAAUUAUAUUUACAAACUUCACAAUGUAACUGGUCUGUGAAAAGAAAAUGCCUUGGAGCUGGCAAACCUGUCUAUCCCAUAACAAACACUUGGAAUGCGGAAACAAAGUGCUCUGAAAUUGAAGGAGUUUGUAGCGCACCAGUGGAGAGACGCACUAAUAAUGGCGUCGUCGCCACAGUUAGGAAACCUACCUCUAUAUACAAAUAUCUUGCAGAAGAUUAUAUGCUGAGAUUUUUUUGGUUUAAACGCUACUGAAAGUUAGUUUUAUAGUGCAGAGUGCUGGUAGAAGUUAUGAUAAUAAUCUCCUUCCCUCCCUCUCCCUCCUUCCCUUGCCCUCCCUCCCUCCCCCUCUCUUUCUCUACCACUCCCUCCUUCCCUCACCCCCCCCCCCCUCCCCCCCCCCCGUCUCUCUCUCUCUCUCUCUCUCUCUCUCUCUCUCUCUCUCUCUCUCUCUCUCUCUCUCUCUCUCUCUCUCUCUCUCUCUCUCUCUCUCUCUCCCUGCCUCACUCUCUCCCUCUCUACAGUGAAGCCAGACAAGGUAUCCAUUAAGAAGGUGAACAGCAGUACUAUAGAGUGGAGCUAUCCUGUCUCCUGGAACAGCCCCAUCUCCUACUUCCCCCUCUCCUUCCAGGUCAAAGAGAUCAAAGACAGAGAGCGUAAGAACGGGUGCGCGUGUGAUUCUCCCUGCACAGAGUCUAAGGUGAGGACUACUGUCUACAUACUGUAUGUACUACUAUGCCUUGUCUCCAAAGCUUGAUGAGAGCCAUUACACCAAGACAUCCAGAUCCUGGACUAACAAGUCGUAUACUCUUGAACUAAUAGAUAUUCAUUAGGGCACAAUGUAGCAAAACGUAUUUCAGGUAGUCCCUCUCUGCUUCAGGCCAUUUUCUUCAAUUUGGUGCUUAAUGAAUUUAACCCCUGUGUUCCCCCAGGACCAAACCACAGAGAGCAGCCAGUGGUCAGUAAAGGCCAAGGUGACGGUGUGUGUCAGGGCCCAGGAUGCCCUCUGUGACUCCCCCUGGAGCGACUGGACAGAGUACAGGUCAGUACCACACUCUCUGGUCUACUGUUUUCAGGAGAACCUCUCCUCGAGGACCCCCAGCCGUUCCAUGUAUUUGAACUAUUGAAUAGCUAACACACCUGAUUCAAUUUGUCAACAAAUCAUCAAGCACUUGACUACUAAUGAAUCAGGUGAGCUAGUUCAGGGCUACAACAAAAGUGUGAAACGUCUGGGGAUCCCCGAGGAGAGGGUUUAAAACCCCCGCUCCAGUCUACUUUUUUAUCAUGUUACAUCUACCAGGGUCAGGUUCAAUUGGGUUUUCCAUUCAGUACAUUCAGGAAGGGUAUCGAAAUUCAAUUUCAUGAAUUGUUUAUCAGUUCAUUAAUUGAACUUCUGAGAAGACAUUGCAGAACAACACGUUUUUCAAUGUGAUGUGAUCUUUCAGACACAGCAAAAAGCGAAACAAGAGGAGGAAGCUGGAGAAGCAGAAGAAGCAGGAGAAGCAGAAGAAGCAGGAGAAGCAGAAGAAGCUGGAGAAGCAGAAGAAGAGUGUGUCUCAA